GAGACCUGUGCCUUGCAACCAGCAGACCCCACCCCUACACACACUGGGGAGGGUGUUGUUGGUUACAGGGGUAGAUUGAGAUUUGAGGUGCAGAGAUUCAUUUCUACAGGGCUGUUUAUUGACUGCCUGCAUUGCCUCCAUCCUUUGGGAAUUGUACUCAAGGGGAGAGAAAGGGGAGGAUUGGAAUGUUGUCACUCCAUUUCGCACAGAAGUAGAACGUGAAAAGGUAAACAAGGAGUCUGAUACAGAAGGCAAAGGGAAAAGCAGACCCUCUAUCCUCUAUCUGAGGAGGGAAAGGGGGGAUACAAAUGAAAGGGUCUCAGGAGGACAGAGAGGGGUGGGAGAGCACUCUGGAGAGACAGAUCAUCAGCCGAGGGUCAAAGCUGGGGCGCAGACUGGACUCCCACAGGGAGUGUGUCCGCAAAGUUCAACUGAUCCAAGGGGCGUGGGCCUUGACUGACCCUCUUACCCAGUACUGGCUCAGUCAGGAUGGAGAACAAUCCAUGGAUUCUAGGAUUUACCUGCUGGAGAAGGUCUUACCGUCUCUGGUCCCAUGUGUCGGGCAGCUCCUUAGAGAGGCAGAGCGGAGGGGAGAGACUGAGGGAGAGGGAGAAGAAGGGGAAAGGAGGAGGCGUGAGGUUGAAGUGGGUUCAUCUCCCUUCAGUCCCCUGCUUUAUCUGGGCCAUUGCUUGAUAAGGUCCUCCUCUGCCCCCUCUCUUCAUCCCACUCUCUAUUCCAUUCCGCUCCUUUCUGACCGAGAAGAGGCAGAGACAGCCCAGUACAGCCUGGGGCUGGAGCUCACUCUGCAACUGCUACAUGCACCAUGCAGCCGCUUGUCUGAGCUGAAGAGGCAGGUGGGGCAGUGCAGGGUGGAGCUGCAGAGGGGAGAGGAGAUCCAGAGGCGUACCGUGGAGAGACGGAGGGAGUGUCUGGCACUACACUUCACUGACUGGAGGCUCCAAACCGACCACACCCUCUCUCUGUACCUGGUGCAGAAUGCUCUACUCAGCUUCAAGGAACUCCUUCAUUCCAAAAGUUCAGAUGAUCAGUUGGCCUGGGACCUGAACACCAAUGAUUCUGGCACACCUGACUCACUACAGCAAGACCAAUUUGUCCAUUAUGUCUCGGGGCUCUCUGAGGAGCAGUUCCAGCUGUUUCUGGAACAUCUCUCCCUGUGUAGCCGGGAACACGGCUGUGCUGAGAAUUUGAGGCUGUGGACAGAGACCCUCUCUCAGGCCUUCUCCCACUGUGACUGUGCUAAGACUGGGUGUCUGGACAGACAGAGAGUGUUGGUCCUUCUGCUGAGUUUCUACCAUGAUCAGAAUGAGAGCACACAGGAGUCCAUGCAUGAUCCUAACCACUGGCCGUUACAGGGACACAACCACAUGACUUGUGGUCUCCUUGGAAGUCCUGUAGCCAUGGACACAGAGAAGACCUGUAUGCCAUGUGAUGCUGGACAGGGGGACAUGACGCAUUCAUGCCAUGAGAUAAAGGGGGGAGAAGAGAGGAAGGGAGAGGGGAACAGGGUUACCCCCACGGAGAGCUUGGACCCGGGGCACCAAACUGCCAUAAACAGCCCAGAACCUCCAGAGGACUGGGGGAACAUAGAAGAGGUCAUGAAGGGGACAGGGUCAGACACCCCAGCGCUGGACAUAGAAGAGCUAUGUAUUGUCAUGGAGUCUGGUCCCCUGCCUGAAGAAGCAGAGGAUCCUGGGUCACACUGGGCCAUGUGUGCCUAUGACAGUCAGACAGUGAGCCGAGGGCAGUUCCUGCAGCUUGUGCUCAGCUUCCUGGGCAGAGCAUCCAGUGGCGCUAUGGUGGACAGCCUGGCUGAACACAUCAAAGCUGGCUACAGAGAGAAAGAGAGCGAGAGACUGCGCCGGCUGCAGCAGUGUAAUGAGCAGAAAGAAGAAAACAGGAGGUCAAAGGAGGUGUCGUCUCUUUUCCUCUCCUGGGACAGCGAGGGCAGAGGAGCUAUGGACAGAGAGGAGGUGGAGCGAGAGCUAAGUCUGUACAAGGAUGGAGCAGAGGAAGGGGCCUUACAGAGAGGACAAUUCCAGGCCUUACUGAGGGCUUUCCUGGUGGAGCUGCCUCCAGAGGAGGGCUCAGGGGUCUGGGCCUUCCAGGAGCUCCUGGUCUACCUGCAGGAGCGGGCAGCCCUGCGAGGGGGCAAGGACAGGGGUAGAGGGGCUACCAGGCAGGCCUGGCUGCAGGAGAUUGGGAGAGCAGCCCAAAGAGGUGCAGCCCAGAUGGAGCCUGUUUAUGGGUCUGUGUUUAGCGCCGUGCUCAGAGAUGCAGAGGUGAAUGCGGAGGGGAAGCUGUUGAGUGUCUCUGUAGCCCUGCUGGAGGAAGGGGGCUCUAGGCUGCGUUACGUGGCCUGUACUACUGAGGAUGCCCGUCUGGUCCUCAACAAGAUGCUCCAGCCACACCAGGCCCCUGUCAGUUUCUCAGCCAUAGAGAGCUGUCGUCCAGUGCACGUGCCCAGAGUGGGAGCUCACGGAGGGGUCUACCUUUUCGACGAGUCUCAAGCCUCUUCACAGUGUUAUGGCUCGUUUAUCGCCAUUCCCAUAUUGGACCCCCGAGAUCAGGGACGAGCUAUUGGGGUGCUGGGUCUCGACACACUCCGAGAUUCAAACGACACACACCUGUUCUCACGCCAUGAGAUAGACUUCUAUCAGGGCGUGAGCAGUGAAUUCAGCAGAGCUCUCCAGCAUGUGGUAACUCGCUGCAGCAUGCUGAACAUUGUGGAGAGCGCCUCACUCUGGCUACACAGCAGAGUCCCUGCCGUUCACAGUAUCACCACCUAUCUGAUGGAGCCUUCAGACGGACAGGGCAGUGACUGCUCUCUGAGGAAGAUGAUGGUGAUGGAGGGAGGUUCUCGUCGCUCCCAUUGGCUCUCCCCUCCUCCUUCCUUACGGCGCUCAGAUCACAUCCCCAGAGACUACCUGUUCCAGUGCUGUGACACCUCCCAGGCUGGGCACUAUGUCGUGUUUGGGGCGUACAGACUGGUGCUCCCUGUGAGGGACUCAGCUGGGUGGGCCCUGGGGGUGGUGGACAUGGAGUUAGAAACCCUCUCAUCGGGCCACCAGAGGGGGCUGCAGCCCCACGAGCGCCGGGACCUGUCGUCUGCAGGGAAGGCACUGCAGGCUGCCUGCGUUGAGCUGCACAGAGAAAGCACUGGGCCAAGCAGGCAACACACACUGCUGGAGGCGAAGGCCCUGGGAGGGGAGCGGCGGGCGUCCAUCUUGUUCCUAUGUUUCAUGCUGGAGCACCUGCGCGUUCGCUGUGUGUCCGGAAUGGACCAAUUCAUUGUAGCGAAGCUCCAGAGCUCCCAGGAUGCAUCUCACCACUUCCAUGUCAGUCAAGUCGUGAAGGCGGUGCUUCUACUGCUGUACCCUGAGAGGGAGGGUUCUGUCCAUACAGACAAUUGGGACCAAAUGAAGAUGAUGCUGAGCACUGACCUGGGCUACAGGCUGGCCAGGUUUGAACCCUUAGCCAGGGCAGUGACAGUGGACAGGGAGCUGGUCCACAGCUGCAUAGCAGGAGUUGAAAGGAGGGAGUUGGGGCAACAUGGAUCAUUACCACUGGAGGACCUGUAUGACUGGGUAUCCAUCUGUUUGUCUAUCUGUUCCUACUAGAUUCAAGUUUGAAAGUUUAUUCACCACGUACACAGGAUACAACAGGCAUAAAACAGAACAGUGAAAUUCUUUCCUUGAGAGGUCUUUCCCAACAAUGCAGAGGUGAUAGAUAACAGAACAUUUAAAAAAAAGUUUAAUUAAAAACCACA